AUACCCCGCCGCAUCGUUGUAAGUUGAAUACACAGCAAAACACAGUUGAAACUAAACCAAACAUUCGAUCAAAAAGUGUUCUUUGAACGCGAACAAUAAAAUCAAGCAAUUUUAAGUGAAUUUUGUGGAAGUAAAUAAAAAAUCAAGUAAAAAUGUCGCUUUUGCCAUACAUCAUUGGAGAAUACUACCAACCAAGCAGUUACCGUCAACUUGGUUCGGUUUAUCCAAGCAACUUGUGGGUUUCGCCAGUUGAACGCUCGUUGCUUCGCUCUCUAUCAAACACCGGCAAUUAUUUAAGAUCGCAAUUGUCGCAUUUUGACGAGCUAGAGGCAAAGACACAUAUUGGCAAAGACGGUUUCCAAGUUUGUCUCGACGUUCAACACUUCCAACCGAAUGAGAUCUCGGUGAAAACGGAAAAUAAUUCGAUUGUGGUGAAUGCCAAACACGAAGAGAAGAAGGACGACCACGGUUACAUCUCACGAGAAUUUACUCGUCGCUAUGAACUACCAAAAGGAUUCAAUAUUGAAGACGUAACAUCAAGUCUCUCAUCUGAUGGUGUUCUCUCGAUUAAAUGCCCUAACCCUCCGGCCAUCGAAGGAUCCAACGUGCGCCAAAUUGAAAUCCAACAAACUGGCCCAGCCAAGCAAAGCAUUAAGAGCAACGAGGAGAAGAAGGAUGAAAAACCAAAGGCCUAAGCAUCUUCAAAGUGCUGUUUUUAUUCAAAUCCAUGGAUUUUGGUUUAAGUUUUAUGCUUAGUCAUCCAAAAUGUCGUUAUAAUUUAAGAAAUCACUGUCAUAUUAGAUUUAAGAAGAUUGAAUAAAUGGCGAAAGAGCAAUAUAGGAAACAGAA